AGGCAAAUACGUUUAUAGUUUGAUCAUAAGAAGAAGAAGAGAAAGGAGAAACAAGAAAGAAGAUGCAGUCGGCGAAGGAAAAGAUCAGCGACAUGGCCAGUACGGCCAAGGAGAAGCUCAACAUCGGAGGCGCGAAGGCUCAAGGUCAUGCGGAGAAGACGAUGGCGAGGACCAAAAAAGAGAAGAAGUUGGCCGAGGAGCGAGAGAAGUCUAAGGAGGCACAGGCCAAGGCUGACCUCCACGAAUCCAAGGCUGAGCAUGCGGCUGACGCUCAGGUUCAUGGCCACCAUCUUCCUGGUCACUCCACCUACCCUACCCGAUCUACGGGUGCUGCUUACCCGCCAGGACAGAUCUAAACCUAGCUAGCUUUAUAUGGGCUAUAUCAUAAUUAAGUUAACGGUCUAGUUUACCGAUAUAAUAAGAAUGUUUUUUCUAAUAUAUAAUAAGAUUAGCCGUCUUGAAAUUUUAUUGGGUAGUUUUUAUAAAUUUUGAUUUCUUUUCUUUCUUUUCUUUUUCCUGUUAUUUUCUUUUUAUGUUUAUGGAUAGAUGUCAUAAUGUAAUCUCGCAGAAAUAAACUUACUUAAAUAA